CCUCACAAAGAGCUAGAGCUAGAUCUUCUUCUUCUUCCUCCAAGCAGUAUUCUGAGAGCUCUUUCCUUCCCUUCUCACAGAAGCUCCUGAAAGCCACAAACCAACAGACCAAUCGCCAAGAAACCAAGAGGAAACUGUAUUCAGACAUAUAUCACCUGCGUCAAGAUGAUCCCUUUCACAAAGCAGAGGAAUUCCAAGAUGAAACAUUGCCUCCACUAGACAUGACCUUGAACAGGAGUUCACUGAAGCCAGUAAUGGAUGUGCAACGCGGCAUGCGAGGAAUCGGCACCGGUGGAAGCAAGGAGGAUUCGGAGCAGAGGAAGCUGCAGCGCGUCAGGCUCCCCUUCUGGUCCUGUCCUCCAAAUCGGCCUCCAGGCACCUGAGCUGGUCUGGUGUUCUCGUUUGUGUUCACUUCCAAAUCAAGCACUUGCCUCUCUGCAUCCCCUUCUCUUGGUGUCCUCCUGACCUUGAACAAGCUGAAGGGCAUAGGCCAGGUUUCCUUUGCCCUUGUGCUUCCUGUCUGUUCCUGUCCUUUUCCCACCCUGGAACGACAUGGCUCCGCUUUUCCUAUGAUUUCGUUGCGAGUUUGUUCCUGCGAUUCUGCGUCCUGAGGCGAUUUUGGGAGAAGCGCUCUUGUCUUGGCAGUGCUCUUGGGAACCAGGGCUUUGGUGUUGCUGCUGUUUGCCUCCUUGUUUCUUGCUCGCUUUCCUUGUCAAAGCUUUGCUGGUCCUUGGGAAACAAAGGUGCUUGGACUUUGCUCCUCUCUUGUGUGCAAGAUCUGUGACAUUCUGGAGGCGUGUUCUUGGCCCUUGCGACUGUAAGUUCUUGGGUGCGGGUUGUCUUGUCCCUGCUGAUCCCUUGGAAGAAGCGACAGCUCUUGCUCAACUUGCACCACGGCCUCGUUGUGAUAAUUAGCAGAAGGUGCAGAAUCCUUGUAACCUAGUUUUGGGCCUUGCUCUUUAUAUAUCGUUCGCCUUGUACCGUGCCGGGCCAGUUCAAGAAACUGUACUCCGACUUCUGAGUUCCUGACACUGCAUCUGCACCGGGAAAGUUGGGAGUUUGCUUCUCCAUAGCUGCAGUUGCACUGUUUUGCCAUUUUUGCCUUCUGGGUCAUCGACGUUCCGGCAGCUUUAAUCCGCGACGACAUGAGCUCUGUCCCCUUCAGUGAAUCCGGGCUCUUUGACGGCUGCUACGCUGGUUUCGGCAAUGGCCAUGGUCGUGAGUACGACCUCAGCCAGCUGGGAGCGUCGACGUCGUGUGCCCUUUUAGACGGGAACACACAGCAGUUGAACGCGGCCGCAACGGAGGUGCCGAAGAGGAAGGAAGACCGGGCCGAGAAGGCGGCGAUGGCCCUCAAGAGCCACAGCGAGGCGGAGCGGCGGCGGAGGGAGAGGAUCAACGCGCACCUCGCCACACUCCGGAGCAUGGUGCCCUGCGCCGACAAGAUGGACAAAGCCGCGCUGCUCGCAGAAGUAAUAACCCACGUCAAGAAGCUCAAGGCCAACGCGGCGCGAAUCAGCAGGCACUGCCCCGUCCCGGCCGACGCGGACAACGUCACGGUCGAGCUGGUCCCAGAAGCAUCAUCAUCCCGCGGCACGAUCGUCGGCUGCAACGGCGGCGGCUCCCUCGUCAAGGCGACGCUCAGCUGCGGCGACGGCGCCGACCUCUUCGCCGACGUCAAGCACGCGCUGCGGCCCCUGAGGCUCAAGGUCGUCGGCUCCGAGUUCACCACGCUGGGCGGCCGCGUCCGCUUCACCUUCCUCGUGUCGUCGUGCGGCGACGACGACGUGAGCCUGGGCUCGGUGCGCCAGGCGCUCCAGUCCGUCCUCGACAAGGCCAACCCCGAGCUCGAGUUCGCGCCGAGGGCGUCGCUUCUGAACAAACGCCGGAGGGUCUCGACCUUCGAGUCCUCGAGCUCUUCUUCUUGACAGAUUCAGAAAGGACCAGUGCUAAGUGUCAGAAUUCAGGUUAUCAUGCAUGCAUGAUGCAUGGACCAGAUCGUACUCCUUGCAAAUGAUCUUGCCAUUUGCUAGGUCAAGAAGAAGCUGCACUGAUUUCUAAAACAUUGGCUUGCAGUAGUGCUCGUGUUGUUUAGUACCUAUUAAUUUGUAAGAACAUUUUACUCCCUGCAUGCAUGCUUACUUUUGUAAGAGCAUCACUCUCCACUGUAAUUUAAAUUUACUACUAGUUGGUCCCUUUUAUGUAUCAGACGACAGCUUUUUAAUUACUCGGUCGUUGUUUCUUACU